AUCGCUGAGAAUUGAGAAGCCAACCUAAUCAUUAACCUAGCUAAUUAACUCAAUCAUGGGUUUGUGCAAGCUUUCAGUUUUUGUUGCUUGUGUUGUUGGGUUGGCUCUGGUGCUUCCCUCCCAUGCUCAAAACUCAGUUCAAGACUACCUUAACGCACACAACACAGCUCGUUCAGCUGUCACUGGUGCAAACAUACCAGCUCUGGUAUGGAACACCACCUUAGAAGCAGAAGCCACGGCCUACCUCAACACCGUGCUUGGUCAAUGCGAUGUCAACGUGGAUCUUUCAGUGAGUGGGCUGAAUGUGAAAGUUGGUCAAAAUGUAUUUACAGGGCUUGAUGCUGUGAACGCAUGGGUGAGUGAGCAAGUCUACUAUGACUACGCCACCAAUUCAUGUAAUGGAGGAGUUUGCACUCACUACACUCAGGUGAUUUGGAAAAGUUCCCUCACUGUUGGAUGUUUCAGAGCUCAGUGUGUUAACAAUGUGAAUUUGUGGAUCGUUGGUUGCAAGUAUAAUCCUGCAGGCAACAUCCUCGGACAGCAUCCUUACUAAGACACAGUACUCAUCUCCAAGUUAACAGGAGCAUGCAUGCAUGGCCCUUGUUCUCUAAUAAAAAUAUUAUAUAUAUCCAUGUUACUUUCAAUAACAACAAUGCUGAUUGCUGUGCUCUGAUAGAGCAUUGUUUAAUUUGCUUUAGCAAUAAAAUUGCUCCU